GAACUUGGCCACCGCUUUAUCUGAAUAUCUGUGGUUUGGCCAAAGAAAGUCGCCAGGUUUGUAUAGCCAGCAGGAAAGAAAGGAGAGAGAUGUGAAAAUACACAGCUUUGUCUUAUGCAGCUUGGCAUUCAUUUCUAUCUAUCUCAACUCUAUCCUUAGUUUGUUCAGAUCUGCAACAGACUCUGUCUAGAUUAUCUUUCUUCUCAUAUCUAUAUUUUAUAUGGUCAAAUAGUGAAGAAAAAUAUCAAGACGUACUUCAGGAGAUAAGGAAGCUGCAGGUGGCUAGCUUGUGGGAUUUUCAAGAGGGGAGUUUCAAUUAUCUUCCCCAGAGGCGGAAAACAAGCUUUAAGUUACAAGAGUAGCUCCUUUUAUGGCGUCGAAUAGCAUGAACAUGCAACAAUUACAACAGCAGCAGCAGCAGCAACAGCAGAGUCAAGAUCAUCAUCAUAAUCAGUAUCAGCAGAUGUCGUAUGGGAUGAUGAUGCAACCAGUUAUCUCGUCGUCGACCAUAAUUAAUCAUGCGCCCAACUUCGUUAGCAGCAGCCACAGCAAAGAUGGUGCAGGAGCAUAUGAUUUAGGUGAAUUAGAUCAAGCACUUUUUCUUUACCUUGACAGUCAAGACCCAUCCUCCUCUACUGUCCAAGAUCAAAGACAUAACUCUGGGAUGAGACCACCAACACUGAACAUAUUUCCUUCUCAACCAAUGCAUGUAGAUCCAUCAGCCUCCAAGCUACAAGGAAGUAAUAUGGGGUUGGUUUCGCCAGCAACGAGCGGGUCGAAGAGAUCAUCUGAGCCGUCCAUGGAGUUAUCUAACACGAAAACGGAACAUCCUCCUCCUCGUCCACCUACAUCUGCUGUUGGACCUCCACCGCCCAAAGCUGUCAAGCGUGAAGGAAACAAUGGCGCAGGGCGGCGGGGUCUGACAUCGAGUUCAGAGCAUGACGGACCCAAAACUCCAGACCCUAAGACAUUAAGGAGAUUAGCUCAAAAUAGGGAGGCAGCUAGGAAGAGCAGGCUGAGGAAAAAGGCGUAUGUGCAGCAGCUAGAGUCAAGUAGGAUGAAACUUACUCAACUAGAACAAGAUUUACAAAGAGCUAGAGCCCAGGGAGCUUUUAUGGGUGGUGGUGGUGCUCUUCUAGGAGCGGAACAAGGACUUCCUCUCGGCAUGGGGAACCUUAGCUCAGAUGCCGUCGUGUUUGAUAUGGAUUAUGGAAGGUGGCUUGAAGAGCACCACCGAUUAAUGUGUGAGCUCCGAGCAGCAGUGCAAGAGCAUUUACCAGACAACGAGCUCCAACUCUAUGUGGAUCACUGCCUGGCACAUUUUGAUGAGGUGAUGAACCUGAAAAGCAUGCUCGCGAAAACUGAUGUUUUCCAUCUUGUUUCUGGAAACUGGAAGACUCCAGCCGAACGUUGUUUCAUGUGGAUGGGAGGCUUCCGCCCUUCAGAACUCAUCAAGAUAAUCGUGAACCAGAUCGAGCCAUUGACAGAGCAACAACUGAUGGGAAUAUGUGGACUGCAACAGUCAACACAGGAGGCAGAAGAAGCACUGUCACAAGGACUUGAUGCUCUCAAUCAAUCACUCUCAGAUGUCAUUGUUUCUGAUUCUCUCAGCUCUCCACCAAACAUGGCCAACUACAUGGGUCAGAUGGCCAUGGCCAUGUCUAAGCUCUCCACUCUUGAAGGUUUCGUUCGACAGGCGGAUAGUCUGAGACACCAGACAAUUCAUCGGCUGCAUCAGCUCUUAACGGUUCGUCAAGCAGCGAGAUGUUUGUUGGCUAUUGCAGAAUACUUUCAUCGCCUCCGCGCUCUCAGCUCUCUUUGGGUGGCGCGUCCGCGUCAAGAUUAAGACAACUUGAUUACUUUCUUUAGACUAAUUUAGCUUUUUCGAUAUCUUUUGUGCGCAAUGUUAUAAACUUCAGAAAUGAUAAUUUUCUUUGUUGCACCUAUAGAUGUAUAGGAAGUCCCCAGACCACAAGAAGUUAAACUAUAAAGUAGAUUAAUCUUUUAAUUACUAUCUCCUUUUUUUUUUA